GUUAUAGUCGAGAAAGCGCACGAUUCGUUUUCUUUCCACCAUAUGGCAGUACAUUUGAAAUCAAAUACGGAAGACCUACGGUCGGUUUUCAAUAAGUAUGCCAGUGUUAGCAAAAAUGGUCAAAUGUAUAUGACUUCGAAAGAUUUCGCUGUCAAAUAUCUACGUUUAUUCAAUGAAGAAAAUUACAACGUAUCAUCAGUUAAUUGUAUUGCUAGUGCUGCCGAUACCACAAAAGAUGGAUUAAUUUCUUUCGAAGAAUUUCUUGCGUUUGAAGCUCUUCUGUGCACAUGCGACUCUUUAUAUUCGUGGACAUUUGAACUGUUCAAUCGAGACGGCCUCGGGGUCAUAUCAUUUGACAAUUUUAAGAAAACACUCGAUAUGACAUCGGUGAAUAAAGAUUUUACGUUUAAUUUCGAUUGUGAUUUCAUCAAUCUGCAUUUUUCCAAGGAUAGAUCACGUAAAAUUCCUUAUGAUGAAUUUACGCAAAUAAUUCACGACUUCAAUAAUGAGCAUGCUAUCCAAGCCUUUAAACAAAUGGAUCAAGAUAAAACUGGAACGAUUACAGUUGAUCAGUUUAAAAGUAUUAUUUUGCAGUUGAAAAGUCAUUUGUUGACUCCUUUGAUUAAAGAAAAUUUACUCACAGUUGCCUUACAAGGCGAAAUGAAUGGUGGUCGUAUUACCUUUGCUUAUUAUAUGGCUUUCAUUGCACUCUUGACUAAUAUGGAAUUAGUUAAAAAAGUGUAUCUAAGUCGAACUAAUGGGAACGCCAAAGUAGAAUUGACUAAAGAGGAAAUGUUGAAUGCAGCACAAAAUUUCUCUCAAAUCACGCCAAUGGAAAUGAGUAUUCUAUUUCAGCUCAUUUCACUUCUUCGAAAAGAUGGACGCGUUACUUAUCAAGAUUUAUGUGCUAUUACCCCCGUGGAAGAAAAUUCUAUGUCACACCAUAUGCAGGCUCGACUUCAGGGAAAUUCUGGAAAUAAUGUAAAUGUACCUCGUGGAAGAAGUGUUUUAAUGUCCAUACUUGAACAAUGUUAUCGGUUCACUUUAGGCUCAAUUGCUGGUGCAUUCGGAGCUACUGCCGUCUAUCCAAUCGAUCUUGUUAAGACAAGAAUGCAAAAUCAACGUGCUACUGGAUCAACUACGGGUGAACUUAUGUAUAAAAAUAGCUGGGAUUGUUUUCGUAAAGUUAUUCGAUUUGAAGGAUUUUUCGGUCUGUACCGAGGUUUAGGACCACAGAUAUUAGGUGUUGCACCAGAAAAAGCGAUUAAACUUACCGUCAAUGAUUUAGUUCGUGAUCAAUUUACAAAACCGAAUGGUGAUAUCUCAAUAUAUGCUGAAAUAUUAUCUGGAAGUUGUGCAGGAGCAAGUCAAGUAAUUUUUACUAAUCCUUUGGAAAUUGUAAAAAUACGACUUCAAGUUGCUGGAGAAAUCGCUGAUACAAGGCGUCUAUCAUCCUUCUCAGUUGUCAAAGAUUUAGGACUUUUCGGGCUUUACAAAGGAUCACGAGCUUGUUUUUUACGUGAUAUCCCAUUUUCAGCUAUAUAUUUUACUUCAUAUAGCCAUUUGAAAAAGUAUUUUGCAAAUGAAAAUGGUUGUAAUUCAUCAACAAGCUUAUUACUGGCCGCAACAAUUUCUGGAGUUCCUGCAGCAUUUUUAGCCACACCAGCAGAUGUAAUCAAGACAAGAUUACAGGUUGUAGCGCGUACAGGUCAAACAACAUAUACAGGAGUAAUUGAUGCGGCUAGAAAAAUUUGGCGUGAAGAAGGUGGUCGGGCAUUCUGGAAGGGAUCUGGUGCUCGCGUAUUUCGAUCUAGUCCACAGUUUGGAGUGACACUUUUAUCAUAUGAAACACUUCAAAGAUAUCUCAACUUUGAUUUUGGUGGAAGAGAACUCUCUGGUAAACCAAUUAAUUGUCAUACUUCAGUAUUUCCAACUAAUCCUGAUCAUAUUGGCGGUUAUCAAUAUGCAACAACCACAUUUUGUGGUAUUGAAUCACGUUUAGGAUUAUGCUUUCCAAAAUAUGCAUUGAAUUAAAAUGAUUUGUUUUGUUAAUUUGUGCGCCUUCAUAAUUCAAUCUCGGUUCGAAAUUCUUAUAUUUUUUUCCUAUUGAAUUCCUUUUUUUUAUUUUUAUCUAAUGUGACAAUAAUGAUGGGUCCUUUUUAUAAACUGUAUUUUAUUACAACUCUCAGGUGAACUAGGUUUUGCAUAGAAAACAUAUUCUGUAAAGGUAUUAGAUUGGUUAUGAUAAGCAAACUAUCCAUAUUCAUAUACAUAUACACAACGUUUAACGUAAUGUUUGUCUAACAUUUCCUCUGUUCAUAAAUGUUGUAAUGAAUAUCAAAAAAUAUAGGAUGUAUUCACAUUUGUUCGUCUUGUUCUCUUUCUAUCCUUAACUUGCUUUUUUUUCCUGUAUUCACUAUGGACAUCAUAAGACUGCAAUUGAAAAGUUCGUUUUGUCUAUGUUAUUUUUUUCUUUUUUGUCAUAUCUAUGAAUAUAGUAUUCUGUUAUUUUGCAUUCUCUAGCAUUAUGGUGUUUAUGGUUCUUUUUUCUUUUCUGUUUUAUUACAUAAAUCUCUCUUCUGAUCCAAAGUUUAACAGUAUAUUUCUAACGGUCAUUUCGCUAAUUUAUAGUGUUAUUUUAUUCCAUCUCAUUGUAUUAAUAUAUCUUUUAAUUGUACAAUCGACAGUAUAUUAAUAUUUCUGUUACCUCUCCUGGAUUGUUACUGAUACUGUUACAUCAUCCAAUAUUUUUUAGGGGUAAUGACAUCUAAAAUAACUUAAGAUUAUUGUUUUCAAAUUUCUCACAAUUUUAUUUUAUAUUAAUUAUGAACAAGUAUUUCUCAGCAGAUGUAAUGACUACAAUUGUACGUAUUAUUUCCUUACUGUUGUACUUAAUUUUUCUGCAUAAAAUGUUUAAAUAAUGGUGUGACGUGUUUUCAUUUGGAUUUUUUAAAAUUCUUUCUACCACAGUUAUCUAAACUGUUGUACUUUAAGCCUUUGCGUCACAUGCUCGCAUUAUGCCCAUACGCUUAUCUGAAUGUUUACAAGGGGGAGUACCAUGCAACCACAACAUCUUCAACGUAAAUUGAAAUUAUUAGUAGCAUGAACGCUUAAAUAAUCUUGUAAUAUAAGCACCUACUCUUAACUAGUAAUGCAACUAUCUACAUAGUAUUAAUCAUUACAUCGGAAACUGAAUUCGCAAUAAACAAGUAUUCUAACAUUUAUAUCCAAUUCAAUUUUAAAUUAUUAAUCAUUUGAUGACCUAU